AUGCAGUGUAGAAAUGAUUCAGAAAACACUGAAAAGCUGACUAGGUAUGCUAGUAAAGAGAAAAAUAAAAAAUAUAACGUAUUACUAUUUAUUAAUAAUAAAUUUUCCAAAAAAAACUUUAGUAAACGAACAAAAGAUUGUAUAUAUAUAUAUAUAUUAAUAGUUUAUUUCAGUAUGAUACUUUUUGAAACACUCUGGAAUAUGUAAAGCUACCAAACAAAGCCCGUUAGUGUCCCAAUAAUCGUCCGUCAAUAUUAGAUUGAAUAAAUCUGUUACAGGGAUUAUUUCCUAAUUUUUCCAAAAAUAAAGGGUUUAUACAUGGUGAGAUUACUAAUGUGUUAUCUGCGGUGAUUGAAAGUAAUUGAAAGUAAUUGCGUUCGAUAGCUAUGUAUGUAUGUAUGUAUGUACUGUACUUUCUCUCAAUCGUUUCACAGAUUCGAGAUGGAAUUGGUCGCGAGCUGGACGGGUAACGUUCAAGUUUCCAAGGAGAUCGGUUGUAUCGAGCGAACGAUCCGUCACUCGGGCGGCAGUUUCGAGAUGACCAGCCAUUAACAAGGUUACGCGAGGAUUUCCCUCUGUGUCUGUCUGCCUCCGACAAUCCGCGCGUACAGUUUGCGCACACACUCCAGCUCACAAGCCUUAGUUAGGGCACUCGGAGUUUCUAACUAAAUACCUGCCGCAGCUGUAUGAAGCGGCGACUUUCAGAGGCUGGCCUUCGAGGGCUGUGUAGUUGUUAAAGAAACCUUUAUUGUUGACACUUUGCUGUCGGGCUAUUUUUCGCGCGUCUUACAUCUGCAGCGGGCAAACCCGACAAAUUCACUUUGCUGUCGGGUUUGGAUAAAUUUCUGAAAACACGAUAAAUUUAUAAAAACUCUGCCUUUUUAUAUCGUCAAACAACUACUGCAGUAAUAAAGCAACUUCGACAGUAAGUUAAUUGCGUUAUGCACAGUGAAGUGCUUUGAAGCAUUUCUUUUUCUGUUUGAAGACAAAAACACGUUGUUUUUGUCUACGCAGUAAAAAAAAUUACCAAAAAAAAAAAAGAUUCCGGCAAGAAUUUAAUAGGUUAAAAAAGUUAUUUAUUAUUGUAAGAAAGUCAUAUGCAUCCUAUAAAACUGAGAUACAUUUUACAGUCUUGUCAAGUUUGCUGCUGUCGAGAAAACGAGGCUAAGUAAAGAGGUUUCAACCAGCAGAGGCAACGUGAAAACUGGACAAUUGGAGAUUGGGAAAAAGAUGCUACUGGCACUGAUGAAGUUCGAGGCUCGAGUGCGUUUCAAACUCGAUUUUCUUGAAGACGAAGCAUCUUUCAGGAAAAAUUUGUUCUGACGCUUUUCUUUUUUUUUUUUUCUUUUCUCUUACUUUCGCGCGUAGAAUAACUUUCUAUCGAUUGUUUCAGUCACGUCUAGAAUUAGCCAAAUUCGAGUACACUCGAUGGAGUCUCAAAAAUCUCGAUUUUCUCGAGAAAACAAAGGCUCCAACGAUCGAAAUUUUAUUAUGUUUCUUUUCGACACAUCUUUACACGUAAAACCACAAUCUCUGUUUAUGCUUGCAGACGAUGCUCGAUUCUGACUACUCGUGCCAAGAGUGA